AUGCAGACCGAAUCGCCGCAAAUUCAUGAGAAUCCGGACGAACAGCAUAGCAAAAGUAACUUCUCUCCAAAGAACCGUCGGUCGGAAUUCAUUUGUGGAGUGGUUGAAGGAUUUUAUGGAAGACCAUGGACGUUGGAACAAAGGAAACAUUUGUUUGCUAGGCUAAAUCACUUAGGACUCAACACUUAUGUCUACGCUCCUAAGGAUGACCUCAAGCAUAGACCACAGUGGCGAAUUCCGUAUAAUAAUGAGGAAGCAGAGAUUCUCCAGAGCCUUAUCGAAUCCGCAAAGGCAAACAAUAUCACCUUUGUGUAUUCGCUUUCGCCAGGAAUUGACAUAGUAUACUCGAAAGUGGAAGAGAGAAUUUGCAUUAAAAGCAAACUUGACCAGGUUCGCAUGCUUGGAUGUGAGUCUUUUGCUCUUCUUUUCGACGACAUUGAGUGUGAGAUGAACGAGACUGAUAGACAGAACUUCAGAAGCUUCGUUGCAGCUCAAGUAGCUGUUACUAACGAGGUCUAUGAAUAUCUGGGAUGCCCUCAGUUCUUCUUUUGUCCCACAGAGUACUGUGAAAGUCGUGCUGUUCCUUGUUUGGAAGAGUCCGACUAUCUUCUCACAUUAGGAAAAGAUCUUGUCAAGGACGUGCACAUCUUGUGGACAGGUCCUCGUGUUAUAUCUCGACACAUUACUGUCGAACACGCACGUAAUGUAGCAAAGGUUAUUGGCAGGAAACCUCUCAUUUGGGAUAAUCUUCAUGCUAAUGAUUAUGAUCAGAAACGUGUUUUUAUGGGUGACUUUUCAGGACGACCAGUAGCGCUCAAGAAAGAAGUUGCCGGGUUGCUGAUGAAUCCCAGCUGUAAAUACGAGCUUAAUUUUAUUCCCCUUCGUACGUACGCUGACUGGAAUGCUAGCGAAGAAGACGCACCUUUCACUGACUUGGCUAAUGAUGAGGAAGACGACAAAUCUUCUCAAAAAAUGGAUUCACCACAAUCGAUGAGAUUUUAUGAUCCCAUGCGAUCAUUACGAAAUGCGAUAACACUCUGGAUUGACGAGUUCAACUGCAUCAGCAACCGGACCGUACCACCGUUACCACGCCCAGAUGCAAAUGUUGACCAGCCAGAUAAUGUUGCCUGUGACGCUGCGCCAAGCACAGAUCAGACCUCUGGCCAGGAAUCUUCUAACCAGUUCGAAGAGAUUCUAAAAUCGGUUGUUAUCCCGUCGCCCAAGUUUCAGCCAAUAGAGGACGAACCGACAGUGAAUUCUCUGACUGCUGACUAUGGUGAACCCAUGGAAACAUCGGUGCCGUCAUCAAAAAAGGAAGAAACCAUCGUUGAUCAUGUCGCAAGCAACGAUACAGAUUCAGCUGAUGUUAUCAUGACAGAUCUGGAUGGUUUUCGGCAAAUCGAUGUUGAUGAAAUUUCUAUGCUGGUGGAUAUGUUCUAUUUACCAUUUGAAUGUGGAAAAAGGGCGCUUGAUCUUUUGGAGCAGUUCUCGUGGCUCUACGAGAAUGCUUUGGUUAUGAAUGGAGCACAUGUGCCCCAGGAAAUUCUUGCAAUAACACAGGAUGAGUGGCGUAGACGAAGUAAUGUACUUCAGAGUAAUAUACAAAUUGUAAAUAAUCUUUUCAAAUAUAUUGUUGAUUGUCCCAAUAAGCCUCUUGUUUCCGAGCUCAUACCGUACAUAUGGGAUGCUCAUGGGAGUUGUGCAGUUCUGUUGGGCAUUGUUCGAUGGAUGAGUGAAGGAUUUGUGACCGUCCGACCAGAUGAGCAACUACGAUCCUGGGCUAGUGAUCGAGAAGACGAACCGUGGAUGAUAGGCGGAGGAUUCCUUUCUGAGUGUUCGAAGCUCAUCGCUCCUCAGGGACCCCUUGUUAAUCUGUUCGCUAAUCGAGCUCUCUUACCUCUAUCGAUCGUUAACUACCUGAUUCGCCCGUAUACUACAGAAGAUCUGGACAAUCUUGCCACGCUUUCUAUAACAAGCGUUGAUAAAUCCAAUAAUUUGUAUUCUCAUCAGAAGGAGGUGUUUUUAGAUAGGUUCGUUUUGCCUUUCCUGGAUUCCCAUCCACAAUACUGUUUCGUGGCCCAAGAAGUUGUACAGUCGAAUGACAUUAAGGUAAUAAGCGCUGUCUCUGCACAUCGAGAUGCUAAAUCUGUAUUUUCUCGAAUGCCCGACUAUAUAUCUUCUUUAAAGGCCAAGUACACCACUCGGGAGGAUUCAAGGAUAGAACCUGAUGAAAUUGACGGAUGGUUUCCAAUGGUUCCGGACGAAAUAUUGGAUGUUUAUCCAGCAUGGCUGGACGCGCGAUUACUAGUAGACGCGUAUGACGCCGUACCAACUAAAAAACUCGUACAAGUUGCGGGAAGUGCUCUGUACAUAAAUGGUUGUUCCGGAAUGUUCGUGGCGAUUCCACUGAAUUCUGAAGAUCACAUCAGUUUCUUUUCGAGGAUAGGCUUUGUGGAGUUGGGCAAAUCGAUCGAUGAACGAUUUCUUCUGUUAGGACAUCUGUUGACUGUCGAUGAAGAGUUCAGAGAGUAA